AAAAUCCCAGCUUUUAUGUUGUUGUAAAUAAAUGUACGCCGUUUUUUAAAACAUUUUCCACUUCCGCAACGUCACUAAUGACACGUAUUCAAGAUGGCGGCCGCUACAAUGGUGACGUGGUGGGCCUUAGUACUUCUCACCUUAGCACCUUCAGUCCGGACCUUCUAUGUUCCUGGAGUCGCGCCUCGAGAUUUCCAUGACGGAGAGACGGUGGACAUAAAGGCUGUAAAACUGACCAGCUCUAGGACCCAGCUUCCUUAUGAAUAUUACUCCCUGCCUUUCUGUAAGCCGGACUCUGUGGUUUACAAAGGAGAGAACCUGGGUGAGGUUCUUCGCGGCGACCGAAUCGUGAACACGCUCUACGGCGUGGAAAUGAACAAAGACAAGAAGUGCGAGGUGGUGUGCGGCAGUAAGAAGCUCAGUCUGGAGGACAGCAAGCUGGUGGCUGAGCGAAUCCAGGAGGAGUAUUACGUUCACCUUAUUGCAGAUAACCUUCCAGUCGCCACCAGGCUGGAGUUUUACCCCAACAGAGAGGCUGGGGGGGAGGAGCAGAACAAGGACGUGGUGAAAGACGUGCAGUUCGAGCAUGGAUACAGGCUGGGCUUCGUCGACAACAACAAGUUUUAUCUGCACAACCACUUGUCCUUCAUCCUGUACUUCCACAGAGAGAAACAGGAGGAGGGCGACGUCCACGACUACAGGGUGGUGCGAUUCGAGGUGGUGCCUCAGAGCGUGAAGGCAGAGGAUUUAAAGGCUUCAGAAACAGACAAGAAGUGCGUCUUGCCCGAGGCCAGUGGCUCCGCCCCCAUGGAGAUUGACCCCAACGUGGAGAACGAAGUCAUCUUCAGUUACUCCGUUCAUUGGGAGGAGAGUGAGGUGAAGUGGGCGUCUCGCUGGGACACGUACCUGACCAUGAGCGACGUCCAGAUCCACUGGUUUUCCAUCGUCAACUCUGUGGUGGUCGUGUUCUUCCUCUCUGGUAUUCUCAGCAUGAUCAUCAUCAGAACGCUGAGGAAGGACAUCGCCAACUAUAACAGAGAAGACGACAUUGAGGACACCAUGGAAGAGUCGGGAUGGAAGAACGUCCACGGGGACGUCUUCAGACCGCCUCAGUAUCCCAUGAUCCUCAGCUCUCUGCUCGGCUCAGGGAUCCAGCUCUUCUGCAUGUUUCUCAUCGUCAUCUUUGUCGCCAUGUUGGGAAUGCUGUCUCCGUCCAGCAGAGGAGCUCUGAUGACCACGGCGUGCUUCCUCUUUAUGUUCAUGGGAGUCUUCGGUGGUUACUUCGCUGGCCGAUUGUACCGCACACUGAAGGGCCAUCGGUGGAGGAAAGGAGCCUUUUGUACGGCAACACUGUACCCCGGCGUGGUUUUUGGAAUCAGCUUCUUCUUGAACUUCUUCAUCUGGGGUGAACAUUCGUCCGGAGCUGUCCCCUUUACCACCAUGCUGGCUCUGCUCUGCAUGUGGUUCGGCAUCUCCAUGCCUCUGGUCUACCUGGGAUACUACUUUGGCUUCCGGAAGCAGCCGUACGAUAACCCGGUCCGCACCAACCAGAUCCCUCGGCAGGUCCCCGAGCAGCGCUGGUACAUGAACAAGUUCGUAGGAAUCCUCAUGGCUGGGAUCUUACCGUUCGGCGCCAUGUUCAUUGAGCUGUUCUUCAUCUUCAGCGCCAUCUGGGAGAACCAGUUUUAUUACCUCUUUGGCUUCUUGUUCCUGGUCUUCAUCAUCCUGGUGGUGUCCUGCUCUCAGAUCAGCAUCGUCAUGGUGUAUUUCCAGCUCUGUGCAGAGGACUACAGGUGGUGGUGGAGAACGUUCUUGGUGUCAGGCGGCUCCGCUUUCUACGUUCUUAUUUACGCCAUCCUGGACAUCGUGGAGUUCGUCCCCUCCCUGCUGUACUUCGGUUACACCGCCCUGAUGGUGAUUUCCUUCUGGCUGCUAACGGGCACGAUUGGCUUCUACGCCGCCUACAUGUUCAUCAGGAAGAUCUACGCCGCCGUCAAGAUCGACUGAGGCUUCGUCGCUGCUGCUCUCCUCGGUUUUUGAUUUUUCACGUUCGGUUUUUGUAUUUUUUUUAUUUUUUACUCUUGUUCAGCGAGCACUGACUUGAGUGUGGAGGGAGCAGGAGGAGCACAGCGCCAUCUACUGGUCUCAUGGUGGAGAAAGCCGCCUCCCCCUCCAUCUUACUCCUUUCCUGCGUUUUGUUUUCUCCAGAACAGAGAGGGUUUCACGUCCUCCACCUCGCACAGCGGGCCAAAGCUUGACCGAUGAUGGUUUCUACCUUUUGUUUGUUUAAAUUAUGUGUUUUUUUUUUUGUCAUCAGAUGAUUUAUGUGAUUUAUUUCCUGUCGUUCUUCUGCUGGGAUGUUUUUUUUUUUUUGUCUCAGUUGUCUUCACUCUUUCUGCUGAUCAUGUUUCCUGAUUGUCAGACUCUCCGGGUCUGGGAAGGACAGUCGAUGGGGAGGGGGGCGGGGAGGCUGGGAUUUACCUGUUUGUAAUGUUGAACUGGUGGAAAAUGAUGCUGGGAGUUUUAUAUUGUAACGGAAGAACGGAUGAAUUAAAUGUUUGUUAUUUUUUACUGCAGCUUCCAUGCUUCUCCCUGCAGAUCAGCGUCAUCGGACCGGUCCGUUUGCUCCCCACAGUCAGAACCGUCUCGUUUGGGUCUGAACUGUUUGUCAUUAACUGAGCAGUGCUCAACUAUGCAGUCAUGGAGAGUUUGAACUGUUCUGGUGGCCUAAAGUUUAAAUCAAACUGAAAUUGUGCUUUUUGUGCAUAAACGUGGUCUCUUCUUACAA